CGAACAAAGAGUCUUAUCGGUGUUAUGAAUACACAGUUCAUUUAGUAUGUACUGUCACGUAUAGACUUUUAUCUAAAGUAUCCGGUAGUUUAGUCUGUCUGUGGCAAUAGCAAAGGAACAACGGAACUAUUUAUAAGAAUGAAUACAAAAAAUGAUUCAGAGAAAAGUGUAAAAUGUGCUUCGGAUAGAGAUAAAUGGGGAUAUGUUGUGUGUUUUGGUACUGUUAUUAUAUUUGUCGCUGGCAUCGGUCACGUGAACUCUUUUGGCUUAAUAUACAAAGAUUUCAUAAUUGAGACAAAUUCAAAUACCAAAUCACUAACAACUGCUCACGGGGUAUUUUCUAUGAUGUUAGCUAUAGGAGGUUUAACUUUGAACGUGAUGUCUAAAAACUAUGCUUUAAGACUUGGAGGAUUUAUCGGAGCCCUCUUCAUGACGAUGGGCUCAUUUUUAACAAUAUUAAUAACAAGUGUUAAUCAACUUCCUUUCACGUUUGGAUUACUUCAAGGAUUCGGUUUUGGAAUGAUAGUUCCUGUUUGUUACUCAACCUUAAAUCAUUAUUUUGUGAAGAAGAGAACUCAAGUGAUGAGUUUAAUAAAAGCGACACAAGGAGUCAUUUUAAUUUGGUAUCCUCAGCUUAUCAAAGUGAUAUUAUCAAAGUAUGGAUUCAGAGCAACCUUACUCAUAAUAAGUGGAAUAUCCUUGCACACUUUCCCAGGAAUGUCUGCGAUGGUAACGAAUAUUAAGAAAACACGAACAGCAAAGGAUCUAGAAGCAAAGAAAGAGAGAGAUGAAAAUGUUGACUUACUACAUGAUCAUAAAAGGAGUCGAGACUCGAAUGAAAAUAAAACGUUUGAUAAGAAAGUGUCAAUAACCAUAGUGGGGAAUAGUCUCAUGGAUAUUUUAAAUGUAAGAACUUUAAAAGAUCCUGUUUUCUGCAAUAUAUGUAUUGGGCAGAGUUUUGUUAAUUUCUCUGAUUUAAUAUUUUUCAUCUUACAACCGAUGCUUUUAUAUGAAUAUGGAUUCGAUACGAAUGAAGUAGCGGCGUGUAUAUCAAUCAGCGCUGGCGCUGAUGUCGCAGGUCGUUUUGGUUUGGCAUUAUUAAGCAGUAUCGUCAUUAUUAACACAAGAUUACUCUUCUUCGUAGCUACUUUUCUUACUUUAACAGCUAGAAUAGUGAUUCUUCAUGUUCGCCAAUUUGUAUGGGUUGCUAUUGUGACGAGUUUUUUGGGUAUACUUCGUGCAUGGCUGCACGUAACUAGCCCGCUCGUCAUCUCGAACCACGUAACCAGUAAAGAUUUCACAGGAGCAUACGCACUAUUUAUGCUUGCCACUGGCUUAGUAAAUAUCAUCUUUUCUCCAAUUAUUGGGAUGCUGAAAGAUGUGUAUCAAGAUUACACACCAGCGUUCUAUGCUUUGACCAUAUGCUGUCUGCCAUGUUUAUUAUUAUGGUCUCUAGAAUAUUGUAUAUAUAAAAAUAAACAACACAAAUCAAUUGAAAUUGAAACUAUAUAAGUCUUCGUAUAAAACUACUAUAUAAUCAUAUUAAAAAUAUAUAUAAUUAUAUUACUAACUAGUUGAUUAAAUUAUUAGUAUUGGUUACUAGGAAACUCAAUAAAUUUUUCGAGAUAAAAUUGUAUAGUACCGAAUUUAUGCCGAAUAAUUCAUUAGAAUAUUAAUAUAUCUGUACAUAGGCGUUACUAUAAGCCCUAGAAGCUUAUCUUAUUUAAUACGAUGUCUAUUAAAUAUAUCAUGUGUGU